AUGAUUGAUCCAGAUGAAGAGGAUAUGCCAUUAGAGUACUAUUUGUACGAAUGGCCUGAUCAGAGUAAACAAUUAACAAGGUCAAUGCAUAUAAAGAAUAAGGUCGAGGACUACUUUAAAUCAAAGGUGGCACUGCCAGAAGAUCACAGGGCUUCAAUAUGGCGAUCAAUAUCACAUCUAGAUGCUCUACUUAACAACCCUGCAAACUCUGACACUUAUAAACUCAAUCUUAAUACACCUCAAGCAGACAUUGAGUCGGAUGUGGCGACAGAUGCAGCGAGGACAUACCCAUCAGAUGAAUAUAAACAUAAGCUGAAGCAGAAGCAACUAGACAAUUGUAAACAAUCAUUGUUCAAUGUACUUAAAGCCUACGCGAUAUAUAACGAAGAGGUUCAAUAUACACAGGGCAUGAACUAUCUAGCACUGAUACUAUUAUGCUACUUUGGUGAAGAGGAAUCAUUCUGGAUGAUGGACAUAUUGAUAAAGAAGCAUGGUAUGCGACACUUCUUCACCAAGAACAACACGAUACUUCCAUCAUACAUCAAGAUAUUCGAGAUGGAAUUGAAUGUCCAGUUGCCCAAACUAUCACGGCAUCUCAAUGACUCUGGCAUCCAAGUGUACAUGUUUGUUCAAUCAUGGUGGAGCACAAUCUUUGUAUAUAUAUUACCUGUACAGUCCAUACCUAUAAUAUGGGAUUACUUCUUUUGGGGAUCGAAUGGAGUUGGCAUUGAAGUGUUGUUCAGAUUGAGCAUAGCAUUGUUGAAGAUGUUGGAUAAGAAUCUGGUCAAUAUUAAUAUGAUUCAGUUCUUUGAUACGAUAAAGGUUCAGACGCCACAGAUUGAUCCACUCGAGUUGGUCUAUCUGGCAAAGGAGAUCGUGCUGACUGAUGACACAUCGAGAUUCCUACGUGACAAGGCGUUGUCCCUGUCAAAGUUUGAGGAUGGUGCAUCAUUCGGUCGACAUUCAAUGAGCAAAGCAAUAGCCAAGGCCAAUGCCAUGGCAACAUCAAACAGUAUCAAAUCAACAUCAUCAUCAAGCAGCAGCAACAGAUAUGGUAUCAUUAAUGGUGAUAGACAAUCGACUACAUUAUCUAAAACAACUACAAGUACUACUACGACUACUACUUCACGGCAAAGUCAAGAUGGACGACAACAACAGCAAGCAGCGGCAGAGGACAUUCACGACGAUUCCUCCGACACAGAUAUUGAGAAUUUGAUCUUCAUCAGUGAUGAUGAUGAUGGUGGCACUGACGACGAGGACGAAGUAUAUACUUAUAACAGUGCAAGUCUUGAGCGCAAGGAUGGAUGUAUCAUAUCA